AUGCAUGAAGGUGCCAAGUAUCGCGCAGAGUUGCAGGAUCGUCGUCAGGAGCUGAUAGAUCAGAUGACUCGAUUCGAGGGGUUCGUUCAUGAUAAUGAGUCAAAACGCCGACGCGCCCUUAACAAAUAUUUCCAAGAGCUCCGGCUGAAUGAGCGCCGUCAGCUGGAGGAGCGGCGAGUUCUGAAUGCCCUGGAUAAAGUUAAAGAUGUGUAUGCUCUGUCUCGAAAUUUUUUAUUUAGAUAUCUUUAG